GUAGCUGCUCCCACUCCACCGUCAGCGCUGCACGCCUGCCCCACCGGAUCCUAGGACACCCGGCACACGCACCUACCCACCUCCCUGAGCCCGCCGCUCCUCCCCCCUUUCUCGCUGGUUGGCCGGCGCUCCGCAGACCUCCGCGGCAGCAGGAGGAGCCAGGCGCGUCCGCCACGCAUAUCCACCGAGCUGCAGGCGCCGCGCGCGAUCUCAGGUGGCGGCAGCAGCGGCGGCGGUGACAGCGACAGCAGCAGUGACAGCGGCAGCCGCAACAGCCAGCGCGCACCCUCUCUCCUUCACACCCGCAUCCCGCAUCCACUGCGCUGCGGAGCCGCCGGCGGUCCCUCGGUCCCCCGGUCCCCGGCCCCCGGCCCCGGCACGCACGGCCAAAUCCCGCGCACAAUAGCGGCCGCCGCCGCGGCGGCUCCAAGCCCAAGCGCCCGCCAUGAGGAAGCUGGCGAGGAAGGGAUGCGACUACAAGCGCUUCCUGAGGAAUAACUGGCUGCUGCUCUCCACCGUCGCCGCGGUGGUGCUAGGGAUUGCCAUAGGAGUCUUGGUUCGAGAGUACACCAAGCUGUCUAAUCUGGAGAAGUUCUACUUUGCCUUUCCUGGAGAAAUCCUAAUGAGGAUGCUGAAACUCAUCAUUUUGCCAUUAAUUGUAUCGAGCAUGAUUACAGGUGUUGCUGCACUGGAUUCCAACGUAUCUGGAAAAAUUGGUCUGCGUGCUGUCGUAUAUUAUUUCUGUACCACUAUCAUUGCUGUAAUUCUAGGUAUUGUGCUGGUGGUGACCAUCCAGCCUGGCGUCACCCAGAAAGUGGAUGAAAUUGACAGGACAGGCAGCAGCCCUGAUGUCAGCACAGUGGAUGCCAUGUUAGACCUGAUCAGGAACAUGUUCCCUGAGAACCUUAUCCAAGCCUGUUUUCAGCAGUAUAAAACCAGGCGUGAAGAAGUGAAGCCUCCCAGUGAGCCAGGGAUGAACAUAACAGAAGCAUCUGUCACUCCUGCCAUGACAACUGCUAUUUCCAAGAACGAAACAAAGGAGUACAAAGUCGUUGGCAUGUAUUUAGAUGGCAUAAAUGUCCUGGGCUUGAUUGUCUUUUGCCUCGUCUUUGGACUUGUCAUUGGGAAAAUGGGAGAAAGGGGACAGAUUCUGGUGGAUUUCUUCAGUGCUCUGAGUGACGCAACCAUGAAAAUCGUUCAGAUCAUUAUGUGUUACAUGCCACUCGGUAUUUUGUUCCUGAUUGCCGGGAAGAUCAUAGAAGUUGAAGACUGGGAAAUAUUCCGCAAGCUAGGCCUUUACAUGGCCACUGUCCUGAUUGGGCUUGCAAUCCACUCCAUUGUAAUUCUCCCGCUGAUAUAUUUCAUAGUUGUACGGAAGAACCCUUUCCGAUUCGCCAUGGGAAUGGCCCAGGCUCUCCUGACCGCUCUCAUGAUCUCUUCCAGUUCAGCCACACUGCCUGUCACUUUCCGCUGUGCUGAAGAAAAGAACCAGGUGGACAAAAGGAUCACUAGAUUUGUUUUACCCGUGGGUGCUACAAUCAACAUGGACGGAACCGCACUCUACGAAGCCGUGGCAGCUGUGUUUAUUGCCCAGUUGAAUGGCUUGGAAUUGGGCAUUGGGCAGAUCAUCACUAUCAGUGUCACGGCCACAGCCGCCAGCAUCGGAGCUGCCGGGGUGCCCCAGGCCGGCCUGGUGACCAUGGUGAUCGUGCUGAGUGCCGUGGGCCUGCCCACUGAGGAUGUCACCCUGAUCAUCGCCGUGGACUGGCUCCUGGACCGAUUCAGGACCAUGGUGAACGUGCUGGGUGAUGCAUAUGGAACAGGUAUUGUGGAGAAGCUCUCUAAGAAGGAGCUGGAGCAGAUGCAUGUUUCAUCUGAAGUCAACUUCGUAAACCCCUUUGCUGUGGAAUCCACGAUACUUGAUAACGAAGACUCAGACUCCAAGAAGUCCUAUGUCAACGGAGGCUUUGCCGUCGACAAAUCUGACAGCAUCUCGUUCACCCAGACCUCACAGUUCUAGAGCUGCUGACUACAGGUGCCUGGGAGUGAUGAAGUACAUCACUUAGCGUUUAUUCAAACAUUAUGGGAAAGAAAAACACUAACGGCCAAUUGUACAUUUGACCUCAUAUACAGACCUCCAGAUUAUUUUCUAUAUUUGGAUUCACAGCUUUCACUCUCCAAGUUCUGGGAUUUGGGGUGGGGGUAAGAUAAAAGGAAAUUGAUUAAAAUGAAAGCUGUAUUAUCUGGAGUUUUAAAAUUCUAUGAGAGACAAAGUUUGAAAGUAUCAAGUAGCAACUGUUGGAAAUAGGUAACAGAGGUGAAAGAGAAGUUGCUCUCUCAUGCACAGACCCAUGUUUGGGGUUUUUUAAAAAAAUAUUCUGUCACUGACUACAAAUUUUUACUCAGGAUUUCUAUUGGCGUGGAUUUCCUUUGAUGUCUCAUGUUUUUAUAGAUUGUAAUGCAUCUAAACCACCCUCCUCCCCCAGUUAAUGUGCCAAAUUGUCUAUUUUGAACUCAUCUCCAGCCAAUUUCAAAGAAAUGUCUUUGAAAGAAAACAGACUACACAGUUCUGCAAUAACAAUUUUAAGAUGGAUGUCAGGUUUGGGGGAAAAGGAGAAGUGUUCUCUUUUCAUUGUACUGUACUGGGACACUGGUAACUAUUAACUCAGUGUUCAGUAUAGAGUUAGGGUGUGUGUGUGUGUGUGUGUGUGUGUGUGUGAGUGUGUGUGUGUGUGUGUGUGUGUGUGUGUGUGUGUUAUCUUCAUAUAACUUGCCAGAUAGAGAACAGAAUUGAACUGUCAAUGUGAAAUAAAAAGCUCUCCUUAUACUUGAAUAAUAACUAUGAUUCCAAUCCAGAUCUGCUUUGGGGCUUAUAAGAACUCACUCAGGAGCACUGGAAUGAGAAAUCAUGUUGUUCAAUCAUCUCAUGUCUGUAUCAGCCCCAAAGCAGAGAUACAUUAUGGUGAUAUCCCGAGGUGGCGUUGUCAUUCAUUACAACUUCCAGAUUCUACUGCUGGGAGGGAAUCCAUAUUAGCUCUAUAUAAGAUUAUAUACGAAGGGGUCACUCACAUAAGGCUCUAUGUGUUUUUAUCCAACUGGAAAGCUUCAUCCUUCCAAGGUUAGUUAUACCCACUUAAAAAUGACAAUACGUUGCCUUUUUGUACCCAUCAGAGUACAACGGUUGUAUUUUAAUACAGAGUUGAUGGGUUGAACAAGCCAGCCACACUGACCAGAAAAACGCUAUCCUUACCCUGGAUUCUUGCAGAGUAAAUUGCCCCACAUGAGACACUGGUAUCAGUGGGCUUGGCAAAUUCCAUUGUAUGGCACUGUCUCCUCCUCCAAAGAGGAUUGUUCCAACGAUUAAGUCAGUCAUCUUGGCCCUGCUCAUUGAAAUCCAUUGCUUGUCAUUCUCCUAAUUUAUGAAGAUAGCUUAUUAAAUUUGUGCUUCAGCUCACAUCUUGUAAAUAACGCUUAACAUAAAUUUGUGUUGGCAUUGAGAUCCAGAAUACUCACGUUUCUGCCGUUUUGAGUAGCCAAUUUAAGCCUGUGCUUUUCUAUUUAAAAAACCAGAAAUUGUGCCAAAGAUCAUGGAAAAGUAAAUAAAUGCUCAGUAUUGACAACCUGCACCUGAAAUCUACAAGAGAAUGAUACUGAAUUGGCAUGUAAACAUCAUUAAUAUGGACCAGUAAUUCAAUGUUGUAAAAUGCAAAUAAUGGUGUUGUUUAUAGGAAGUAAAUCUAAGUAUAAAGGCAGUUGAAUCAAGAAAUGUGUCUUGGGCUGAAUGGUUGUCCCCCUCGGCAGGUUUCUCUGAUUUGAGGCACGAGCAUUGGCAGAUCUGUACAUGAACUGUAGGUCAUCCUGAUUUUGGAGUCAGUUUGUAACCAGCCUCUUAACACACUGUGCUGUUAACUCAUGGAAGAGAAUAAGGUUCCAUUUCAGUCUCAAUAAACAUUUCCAUCAUUCUUUC